CCUCCUCCUCCUCUCUCUCCUCUCCUCCUCCGCCCUCUCUCCUCCUCUCCCCCCUGAAAACCUGUGGCUUGAAGAGACCUUGGCUUCUCUGGGACUCUACCCCUGGGGACUGCCCACAUCUGCUCCAGAGUGUGGGAGCAGGGGGGGCCACCGCCCCAAGGAUCUCUCCAGCGAUGGGAGCCGCCCGCCUGCUGCCCAACCUCACUCUGUGCUUGCAACUCCUGAUUCUCUGCUGUCAAACACAGUACGUGAGGGACCAGGGCGCCAUGACUGACCAGCUGAGCAGGCGGCAGAUCCGCGAGUACCAGCUCUACAGCCGGACCAGCGGCAAGCACGUGCAGGUCACUGGGCGUCGCAUCUCCGCCACUGCUGAGGACGGCAACAAGUUUGCCAAGCUCAUAGUGGAGACAGAUACGUUUGGAAGCCGGGUGCGGAUCAAGGGGGCUGAGAGCGAGAAGUACAUCUGUAUGAACAAGAGGGGCAAGCUCAUCGGGAAGCCCAGUGGGAAGAGCAAAGAUUGCGUGUUCACAGAGAUAGUGCUGGAGAACAACUACACAGCCUUCCAGAAUGCCCGGCAUGAGGGCUGGUUCAUGGCCUUCACGAGGCAGGGGCGGCCACGCCAGGCUUCCCGCAGCCGCCAGAACCAGCGAGAGGCCCACUUCAUCAAGCGCCUCUACCAGGGUCAGCUGCCCUUCCCCAACCACGCAGAGAGGCAGAAGCAGUUCGAGUUUGUGGGCUCAGCCCCCACCCGUCGGACCAAGCGCACUCGGAGGCCACAGCCCCUGACGUAGUCAGGGACACAGGGGCAGCUGCCCCUUACCAGCCUUCCCAUCCCCUUCCUGUCCUAAUCCAAAAUCGGGGCUGGGGUGGAGGGAUGGGAGGCAGAGCCGCCCUGAGGACACUGCAGACAGCACCAGAGCCCCCAGCUGGAAAGGGGCAGGACUG